GCCUCUACUCAGUGACGACCUGCAGAGCUGUCAGCAUGGACUGAUCACACAUCUUUGUCUGCUGUCACCUAAAACACCUGCCUGAUGGAUCCUGAGAUUCAGUGAGAGAUCCAACUAUCACCAUCAAGAAUAAUGCCACGUCAUCGAAGGGGAAGGAGCCUCUCCGAGGCCUUGACCCUGGAGCAGUCUGAGGAAGGUGGCCUGGUCAUUUCCAGUAUCAGCAAUGCCUCACGUGACCAGGGUCUGAAGGAAGGGGAUGAAAUUCUGGGGGCAACAAUCAACUUUGAACAACUAUCAAAAGAGGAGGUAUUAAAAGUCCUGAAGCUGAUGGAGCCGUUUGAUGAUAAAAUUCAAGUCCUGACUCGGAGCAGCCUGAGCAAGAGCCUCGGCAAUUUGGACGAGAGCGGCAGGAGUCCUGAAGAAAUGCUGAAGGAGUCCUACAGCAAACUCUACAAUGCCAAAAUAAAGAGGUUUAUGAAGGAUGACCCGUCUGGAGCUGAUGAGGGAUGUGUGGACGGGAAGGUUACAACAGAACCCACUUCAUCCACGGUCAGCCUAAAACAUGAUGCAAAGUUGCCUCGACUUGGAGUUGAUUUUGGACUUUUGAAAUCCAGAAAUCUGAGCACAGAUGGUGAUUGUGAUUCACAGUCUGAUGCCAGAGAGUUAACAGACAGCAACCUGAACCUUCCUCCUCUGGGUCUCAGUUCGAAUGGGUUUACUCUACCUGGGGCUGAGGCGCCAAGACGAAAACUUGGUGAGAGAAGUAUGGAGCUAAAAGUUUCAGACUUCAAUCAGUCUGGAACAUUCCCAGAUAAUCCAAAUGGAAACGCUGCUUCUGGUAUGAACCUGCCAAAUACUGACUGUACUCCAGAAAUGGGUUUGGACUUAAAAGGCUCUGAUGUUAACACCCCUGAAAUGGAGAUGGACCUGAACAGGGAAAAUAUCACUGGUCCAUCUUUUAAUCCUGGUGUUCCAAAAGUGGACAUUAAAGGAAUAACUCCAGACUUCAACAUGCCGAAAUUCAAAGUGCCACGUCUGUCUCUGUCUGGACCUCCUAUUGGUAUCCCAGAAUGUGAGGUGAGGGCACCUGAAAUAGAAACCCCAAAAAUCACCUCAGGUAAACAAUCUAGGAGGCAGAAAAAGCCAGAUUUAAAUGUUGACGAUCUCUCCAGUUUUGUAGGAACAUCCACGUUUAAGCUGUCUGGAAAACUGCCUGAAAAACCAGGCUUUCAUCUAAACGGGGCCGACACUGAUAUGGCUUUGGGCAAUGUCAAAGUGUCUCUUAAGAAACCAAAGACUGAUCUUAAAUCUCCAGCUUUAUAUGUGGAUGAUCCACCUGGUUCACUUACAUGUAUAAAUGAUGUUGAAACACCUGAGCUAAGUCUGAAAACGCCAAAGAUAAAAAGUGGCACCUCAUCUGAUCUGAAUCUAGCCAAACCUGACCUAAAAGGAAGACAUUUUAAAAUUAACACUCCAUCAGCUAAUGCUAAGGGUCAGUCUGGAAAAUACAAGGCUCCAAAGUUUACAAUGCCUAAAUUCGAUUUGCCAGAUAUUCAAGUUCCAGAUUUGAAUGGUGACUUGGAGCAACCACAUGCUGACUUACCAGGAGUUAAAUGCCCUGAAAAUGAAUUAAAAACUCCUGACAUGGAUGUAGCGGCUCCAAAAUUCAAAGGGGGCAAAAACUUCCCCAGAUCCCCAGAUGACGGCCCAAACCUAGACCUAGGAACACCUGACCUAGAUUUAUCUGGUCCCAAUCUCAGUGGUGGGAUAAACGCACCAAGCAUAAAUAUGCCCAAGUUUGACCUUAAAACUCCCAAACUGGACCUCAAUGCCCCAGAUGUUGGCUUAGACAUGCCAUCAGGCAAAGUGAAAAUGCCAGAACUUCAUGCUCCAGACUGGGAUCUUAAAGCUCCCUCAGGUAAAUUAAAGAUGCCUAAAUUGAACCUUUCAGGCACAUUGCCAAAAGGACCAAAUCUGGACCUAAAUGCAGACAUGGAGUCCCCAAAUUUGAGUCUGAAAGCUCCAAAGAUAAAGGGAGGAAUGGAUGCUCCUGAUCUGAACAUGCCAAACAUGAAACUUAAAGAUCCAAAGUUAGAUGUGAGCCCUCCAGAUCUCAACAUUGGUUCACCAAAAACAAAGAUGAAGUUUCCCAAACUGAAGUUGCCCAAAUUUAACCUCCCAAAUAUUAAGGGACCUGAAAUUGAUGGCAGCCUAGAUGGCCCAGAUAUAGAUGUAAAUGCACCUGAUGUCAACUUCAAGGGUCCUAAGACUGAUGUAAAUCUUUCUGGUCCAUCUGGGAAAUUUAAAAAGCCAAACUUGAACCUGCCUGACAUGAAGUUUUCUGGCCCAAAGUUAGACGGCCCAAACCUAGACCUAGGAACACCUGACCUAGAUUUAUCUGGUCCCAAUCUCAGUGGUGGGAUAAACGCACCAAGCAUAAAUAUGCCCAAGUUUGACCUUAAAACUCCCAAACUGGACCUCAAUGCCCCAGAUGUUGGCUUAGACAUGCCAUCAGGCAAAGUGAAAAUGCCAGAACUUCAUGCUCCAGACUGGGAUCUUAAAGCUCCCUCAGGUAAAUUAAAGAUGCCUAAAUUGAACCUUUCAGGCACAUUGCCAAAAGGACCAAAUCUGGACCUAAAUGCAGACAUGGAGUCCCCAAAUUUGAGUCUGAAAGCUCCAAAGAUAAAGGGAGGAAUGGAUGCUCCUGAUCUGAACAUGCCAAACAUGAAACUUAAAGAUCCAAAGUUAGAUGUGAGCCCUCCAGAUCUCAACAUUGGUUCACCAAAAACAAAGAUGAAGUUUCCCAAACUGAAGUUGCCCAAAUUUAACCUCCCAAAUAUUAAGGGACCUGAAAUUGAUGGCAGCCUAGAUGGCCCAGAUAUAGAUGUAAAUGCACCUGAUGUCAACUUCAAGGGUCCUAAGACUGAUGUAGAUCUUUCUGGUCCAUCUGGGAAAUUUAAAAAGCCAAACUUGAACCUGCCUGACAUGAAGUUUUCUGGCCCAAAGUUAGACGGCCCAAACCUGGACCUAGGAACACCUGACCUAGAUUUAUCUGGUCCCAAUCUCAUUGGUGGGAUAAACGCACCAAGCAUAAAUAUGCCCAAGUUUGACCUUAAAACUCCCAAACUGGACCUCAAUGCCCCAGAUGUUGGCUUAGAUAUGCCAUCAGGCAAAGUGAAAAUGCCAGAACUUCAUGCUCCAGACUGGGAUCUUAAAGCUCCCUCAGGUAAAUUAAAGAUGCCUAAAUUGAACCUUUCAGGCACAUUGCCGAAAGGACCAAAUCUGGAACUUAAUGCAGACAUGGAGUCCCCAAAUUUGAGUCUGAAAGCUCCAAAGAUAAAGGGAGGAAUGGAUGCUCCUGAUCUGAACAUGCCAAACAUGAAACUUAAAGAUCCAAAGUUAGAUGUGAGCCCUCCAGAUCUCAACAUUGGUUCACCAAAAACAAAGAUGAAGUUUCCCAAACUGAAGUUGCCCAAAUUUAACCUCCCAAAUAUUAAGGGACCUGAAAUUGAUGGCAGCCUAGAUGGCCCAGAUAUAGAUGUAAAUGCACCUGAUGUCAACUUCAAGGGUCCUAAGACUGAUGUAGAUCUUUCUGGUCCAUCUGGGAAAUUUAAAAAGCCAAACUUGAACCUGCCUGACAUGAAGUUUUCUGGCCCAAAGUUAGACGGCCCAAACCUGGACCUAGGAACACCUGACCUAGAUUUAUCUGGUCCCAAUCUCAUUGGUGGGAUAAACGCACCAAGCAUAAAUAUGCCCAAGUUUGACCUUAAAACUCCCAAACUGGACCUCAAUGCCCCAGAUGUUGGCUUAGAUAUGCCAUCAGGCAAAGUGAAAAUGCCAGAACUUCAUGCUCCAGACUGGGAUCUUAAAGCUCCCUCAGGUAAAUUAAAGAUGCCUAAAUUGAACCUUUCAGGCACAUUGCCGAAAGGACCAAAUCUGGACCUAAAUGCAGACAUGGAGUCCCCAAAUUUGAGUCUGAAAGCUCCAAAGAUAAAGGGAGGAAUGGAUGCUCCUGAUCUGAACAUGCCAAACAUGAAACUUAAAGAUCCAAAGAUAGAUGUGAGCCCUCCAGAUCUCAACAUUGGUUCACCAAAAACAAAGAUGAAGUUUCCCAAAUUGAAGUUGCCCAAAUUUAGCCUCCCAAAUAUUAAGGGACCUGAAAUUGAUGGCAGCCUAGAUGGCCCAGAUAUAGAUGUAAAUGCACCUGAUGUCAACUUCAAGGGUCCUAAGACUGAUGUAGAUCUUUCUGGUCCAUCUGGGAAAUUUAAAAAGCCAAACUUGAACCUGCCUGACAUGAAGUUUUCUGGCCCAAAGUUAGACGGCCCAAACCUGGACCUAGGAACACCUGACCUAGAUUUAUCUGGUCCCAAUCUCAGUGGUGGGAUAAACGCACCAAGCAUAAAUAUGCCCAAGUUUGAUCUUAAAACUCCCAAACUGGACCUCAAUGCCCCAGAUGUUGGCUUAGAUAUGCCCUCAGGCAAAGUGAAAAUGCCAGAACUUCAUGCUCCAGACUGGGAUCCUAAAGCUCCCUCAGGUAAAUUAAAGAUGCCUAAAUUGAACCUUUCAGGCACAUUGCCGAAAGGACCAAAUCUGGACCUAAAUGCAGACAUGGAGUCCCCAAAUUUGAGUCUGAAAGCUCCAAAGAUAAAGGGAGGAAUGCAUGCUCCUGAUCUGAACAUGCCAAACAUGAAACUUAAAGAUCCAAAGUUAGAUGUGAGCCCUCCAGAUCUCAACAUUGGUUCACCAAAAACAAAGAUGAAGUUUCCCAAACUGAAGUUGCCCAAAUUUAACCUCCCAAAUAUUAAGGGACCUGAAAUUGAUGGCAGCCUAGAUGGCCCAGAUAUAGAUGUAAAUGCACCUGAUGUCAACUUCAAGGGUCCUAAGACUGAUGUAGAUCUUUCUGGUCCAUCUGGGAAAUUUAAAAAGCCAAACUUGAACCUGCCUGACAUGAAGUUUUCUGGCCCAAAGUUAGACGGCCCAAACCUGGACCUAGGAACACCUGACCUAGAUUUAUCUGGUCCCAAUCUCAUUGGUGGGAUAAACGCACCAAGCAUAAAUAUGCCCAAGUUUGACCUUAAAACUCCCAAACUGGACCUCAAUGCCCCAGAUGUUGGCUUAGAUAUGCCAUCAGGCAAAGUGAAAAUGCCAGAACUUCAUGCUCCAGACUGGGAUCUUAAAGCUCCCUCAGGUAAAUUAAAGAUGCCUAAAUUGAACCUUUCAGGCACAUUGCCGAAAGGACCAAAUCUGGACCUAAAUGCAGACAUGGAGUCCCCAAAUUUGAGUCUGAAAGCUCCAAAGAUAAAGGGAGGAAUGGAUGCUCCUGAUCUGAACAUGCCAAACAUGAAACUUAAAGAUCCAAAGUUAGAUGUGAGCCCUCCAGAUCUCAACAUUGGUUCACCAAAAACAAAGAUGAAGUUUCCCAAACUGAAGUUGCCCAAAUUUAACCUCCCAAAUAUUAAGGGACCUGAAAUUGAUGGCAGCCUAGAUGGCCCAGAUAUAGAUGUAAAUGCACCUGAUGUCAACUUCAAGGGUCCUAAGACUGAUGUAGAUCUUUCUGGUCCAUCUGGGAAAUUUAAAAAGCCAAACUUGAACCUGCCUGACAUGAAGUUUUCUGGCCCAAAGUUAGACGGCCCAAACCUGGACCUAGGAACACCUGACCUAGAUUUAUCUGGUCCCAAUCUCAUUGGUGGGAUAAACGCACCAAGCAUAAAUAUGCCCAAGUUUGACCUUAAAACUCCCAAACUGGACCUCAAUGCCCCAGAUGUUGGCUUAGAUAUGCCAUCAGGCAAAGUGAAAAUGCCAGAACUUCAUGCUCCAGACUGGGAUCUUAAAGCUCCCUCAGGUAAAUUAAAGAUGCCUAAAUUGAACCUUUCAGGCACAUUGCCGAAAGGACCAAAUCUGGACCUAAAUGCAGACAUGGAGUCCCCAAAUUUGAGUCUGAAAGCUCCAAAGAUAAAGGGAGGAAUGGAUGCUCCUGAUCUGAACAUGCCAAACAUGAAACUUAAAGAUCCAAAGUUAGAUGUGAGCCCUCCAGAUCUCAACAUUGGUUCACCAAAAACAAAGAUGAAGUUUCCCAAAUUGAAGUUGCCCAAAUUUAGCCUCCCAAAUAUUAAGGGACCUGAAAUUGAUGGCAGCCUAGAUGGCCCAGAUAUAGAUGUAAAUGCACCUGAUGUCAACUUCAAGGGUCCUAAGACUGAUGUAGAUCUUUCUGGUCCAUCUGGGAAAUUUAAAAAGCCAAACUUGAACCUGCCUGACAUGAAGUUUUCUGGCCCAAAGUUAGACGGCCCAAACCUGGACCUAGGAACACCUGACCUAGAUUUAUCUGGUCCCAAUCUCAUUGGUGGGAUAAACGCACCAAGCAUAAAUAUGCCCAAGUUUGACCUUAAAACUCCCAAACUGGACCUCAAUGCCCCAGAUGUUGGCUUAGAUAUGCCAUCAGGCAAAGUGAAAAUGCCAGAACUUCAUGCUCCAGACUGGGAUCUUAAAGCUCCCUCAGGUAAAUUAAAGAUGCCUAAAUUGAACCUUUCAGGCACAUUGCCGAAAGGACCAAAUCUGGACCUAAAUGCAGACAUGGAGUCCCCAAAUUUGAGUCUGAAAGCUCCAAAGAUAAAGGGAGGAAUGGAUGCUCCUGAUCUGAACAUGCCAAACAUGAAACUUAAAGAUCCAAAGUUAGAUGUGAGCCCUCCAGAUCUCAACAUUGGUUCACCAAAAACAAAGAUGAAGUUUCCCAAACUGAAGUUGCCCAAAUUUAGCCUCCCAAAUAUUAAGGGACCUGAAAUUGAUGGCAGCCUAGAUGGCCCAGAUAUAGAUGUAAAUGCACCUGAUGUCAACUUCAAGGGUCCUAAGACUGAUGUAGAUCUUUCUGGUCCAUCUGGGAAAUUUAAAAAGCCAAACUUGAACCUGCCUGACAUGAAGUUUUCUGGCCCAAAGUUAGACGGCCCAAACCUGGACCUAGGAACACCUGACCUAGAUUUAUCUGGUCCCAAUCUCAGUGGUGGGAUAAACGCACCAAGCAUAAAUAUGCCCAAGUUUGACCUUAAAACUCCCAAACUGGACCUCAAUGCCCCAGAUGUUGGCUUAGACAUGCCAUCAGGCAAAGUGAAAAUGCCAGAACUCCAUGCUCCAGACUGGGAUCUUAAAGCUCCCUCAGGUAAAUUAAAGAUGCCUAAAUUGAACCUUUCAGGCACAUUGCCGAAAGGACCAAAUCUGGACCUAAAUGCAGACAUGGAGUCCCCAAAUUUGAGUCUGAAAGCUCCAAAGAUAAAGGGAAGAAUGGAUGCUCCUGAUCUGAACAUGCCAAACAUGAAACGUAAAGAUCCAAAGUUAGAUGUGAGCCCUCCAGAUCUCAACAUUAGCUCAGAAAAAGCAAAACUAAAAAUGCCUAAAAUUAAUCUUCCAAGUGCAAAGGGGCGUGCAACUAUUGGAAAUGCUGAUGGGCCGGAUAUUGGUGUACCAGGUAUGAACCUAAAAAGCUCCAAACCUGGAUUCAUGGUUCCAGAUGUCGAUUUUGGUAACCCUUCAGGGACCAAAUUUAAAAUGCCAAACCUUAAGAUUCCUGAUGUGGGGUUCUCUGCUCCAGAAGUAGAUGAUCCAGAUCUUGAUCUGAAUUCAAAGAAUCUUUAUACCAAAUUACCAAAAGGAUCAAAUUUUAAAUUAAAUUCAGGCCUAGAAGCUCCAGAUAUGAAUCUCAAACUUCCAAAGACAAAGGGUAAUUCCCCUAUGUUGGGAUUACCAAACGCGGAUCCCAAGUUGAAUGCGAACACUCCGGAUGCCAGUAUCAGCUUCCCUGAUGCAAAUUUCAAAAAGCCCAAAAAACCAGGGGAGCUGAUGGGAAAUGUCACAAGUCUAAAUAUCAGCGCUCCAAACAUAAAUGUCAAGCGGCCCAAAACUGCUACACGUAAUCCACAAAUGCAGCUCAGAUCUCCACAACUCCAUGCUGAUGAUCCCUCAGGUAAGUUAAAAAAACCUUCCUACAAGAAUCGCAGGUCAGAUAUGACCUCGAAGAAGCCUGAUCUGGACAUAGAUCAAGAUUUCAAACUUCAUUACGCUGAUAGAAAGCCACCUAAAACCAAAGUCAGGUCCAGCUACCCUGCAGGGGAUGAUGCUUCACGCCAGCAUAUUGAUUUAAGUCGUUUCGACCUCAACAUUGAUGAUUUCACAGGUAAAGAUCAUGUGCUUAGAGCCAGGGGUUCAACACUGGACCUCCGGGCAUCACAAAGCGGACAGGUGACUCCCCCUUCAGGGGUUGGUGGUGACAAGAUGGACUCCAAAAAAACCAGAGCUCAACCCAACGUACAUUUACCAACUUUAUCUCAAGAUUCCCAGAUAAGAGUACCUGACAGUUCUGAUGAAUACUUAAUCACUGUUUUUCCUAAUCAAACACAAAACACAAAACUCCCAAACCGCAAGUUUAACACUCUGGGAAACCUCAACUUCCAUCCGGGAAAUUUAGACCUUGAAGUUCCAUGUGAAAAUGAUGUGAAAGGCUCCACAUUCUUUUUCUCCAACCUGGUAUAAAGUUCAGCGCACUAAUUUAUUUUCUGUUUGAGUCUGGUUUGUGUUUUUAUUUUUAUCUAUUCAGACUAUUUUUAUUUGUAUGUUAUGAUUUUUUAUUUGUAUAGAAAUUGGAUCCUGUGUGCCUCAUCAUGCAUACUGUACAUAUUUUUUGUACAUAGGUCUUAUAACUUUGUAUUUUUAAAUUUUUUAUUAUUAUUAUUAUUGUUUUUUUUUUUAUUGUAUAUUUUUUUAUGACAACUAUUUUGCACUUGUUUUAUAAGGUGAAUUAAAAAUUUUUCACAUUUUGUUAUGGUCAACUUUGUUCUAUACAUGUUUAAAAAGAAGGUAUUUUUGUCAUUUAAUCCCAAAGCUUCUUCUUUAUAAGUGAUGUUCAAACCAAAGGAGGAAAUCAGUUAAUAUAAUAAUAAUUAUUCUGAAAUUAUGUUUGAUUUUAUUGAUUGAAUCUUUAUACUUGAUUUUUUUUACAGUACUCCUGCCAUUUUGAUAAAAAAAAGGUUGUUUUUAACAUAUGAUGAAUUGAU